AUGGCAUGGAGAAAAUGAAGUGGGGAUUUGAGGGUGUGGAGCCCUUAUGAGGAACACUUCUGCUUGCCUCGUAUUUUGCAGAUUGACUUAAUAUUCAGUUUAAAACCUGGUAUUUCCAAUUAUCCAGUGUCAAAAUAUGUAAGCCAUUUAAGGCAAGGACUGUCUCUUUGUAUGGCACCUGACAUGAUGGGACACCUGUUCCUGAUGCAACUCCCUGAAGAAGUUUGGAUCUUGAAUGUUAUUGAUGCUAGCUAUCAGACUUCUGGAACUGAGCCUGUAAUUUUAUUCCAUGCGUUUAUUAUUCUAAACAGGCCAGAAGGAAAGGACUAUGCGCUGCACUGGCUGGUUUUGGGAACACACACGUCCGAUGAACAGAACCACCUGGUUGUUGCAAGAGUCCAGAUUCCCAAUGAUGAUCAGUUUGAUACUUCGCAGUACGACAGUGAGAAAGGAGAGUUUGGUGGCUUUGGAUCUGUGACCGGCAAAAUUGAAACGGAGAUUAAAAUUAACCAUGAAGGUGAAGUAAACCGUGCUCGUUACAUGCCACAGAAUCCCUGCAUCAUUGCUACAAAAACACCGUCUGCUGAUGUGUUGGUGUUUGACUACACGAAACAUCCUUCAAAACCAGACCCAAGUGGAGAGUGUAGUCCUGACCUCAGACUUAGAGGGCACCAGAAGGAAGGCUAUGGCUUAUCAUGGAACUCAAAUUUGAGUGGACAUCUUCUCAGUGCAUCAGAUGAUCACACUGUGUGUUUGUGGGAUGUAAGUGCUGGACCAAAAGAAGGCAAAAUUGUUGAUGCAAAAGCAAUCUUUACUGGGCACUCUGCAGUAGUAGAAGACGUGGCGUGGCAUCUGCUCCAUGAAUCUCUGUUUGGAUCUGUGGCAGAUGAUCAGAAGCUUAUGAUUUGGGACACAAGAUCUAACACCACGUCCAAGCCAAGUCAUUCUGUAGAUGCUCAUACAGCCGAGGUCAACUGCCUGUCCUUCAAUCCUUACAGCGAGUUCAUUCUAGCAACUGGCUCUGCUGACAAGACGGUGGCUCUGUGGGAUCUUCGAAACUUAAAAUUGAAACUCCAUUCUUUUGAGUCUCAUAAAGAUGAAAUUUUUCAGGUUCACUGGUCCCCUCAUAAUGAAACAAUCCUUGCUUCAAGUGGUACUGAUCGUCGGCUUAAUGUAUGGGAUCUGAGUAAAAUUGGAGAAGAGCAGUCUGCAGAGGAUGCAGAAGAUGGCCCUCCUGAGCUGCUGUUUAUUCAUGGAGGACACACUGCCAAAAUUUCAGACUUCAGCUGGAAUCCGAAUGAGCCUUGGGUGAUCUGCUCGGUAUCGGAGGACAACAUAAUGCAGAUCUGGCAAAUGGCAGAAAACAUUUACAAUGAUGAAGAACCAGAUAUAGCAGCAGCUGAGCUGGAGGGUCAAGGAACAUAA